UACCUGAUGAAGGUGAGGGGUGGAGGAAGGAAAGGAAGCUUAUAGAAAAGCUGAAAGAAAGCUGAUAGCCGAAAGAAAGAGCUUUCAUCAUGUUCUAGCCGUAUCUCUCUCUCUCUCUCUCUCUCUCCCUCCCCCUCGCACUCUUUCUCUAUACCCUACUGCCUACGUUAUUAAAGCUCAAGAGAAACCAACAACGGCCACAGAGAGAGGGUGUCUGGAUUCUCUUUAGUUGGUUGGAUAUUUGAGGAGAUCACAAAGAUAGCCAUAGCUAGAAGGGAAAAAAAAAAGUAGAAUUUUGCUCUAUGUCAGGCAACAGCAACAACAACUCUUCUUCUCCAAGUGUUCCUUCUUCUUCUUCUGAGCCCUUCGCCUGCUUAAUGAAUGGGAAUAACAACAGUAAGAGGAAGAGAAGACCAGCAGGAACUCCAGAUCCUGAUGCAGAGGUGGUGUCUCUCUCCCCCAAAACUUUACUUGAAUCAGACCGUUAUGUGUGUGAGAUCUGCAACCAAGGAUUCCAAAGGGAUCAGAACCUUCAGAUGCACCGAAGAAGGCAUAAGGUGCCAUGGAAGCUACUCAAGAGGGAGACACCAGAGGUGAGGAAGCGCGUGUUCGUGUGUCCUGAGCCUAGUUGCCUUCACCAUAACCCUUGUCACGCGCUUGGGGAUCUAGUUGGUAUAAAGAAACAUUUCAGAAGGAAACAUAGUAAUCACAAGCAAUGGGUCUGUGAGAAAUGCUCCAAAGGUUAUGCUGUUCAAUCUGACUACAAAGCCCAUCUGAAGACCUGUGGCACUAGAGGCCAUUCUUGUGACUGUGGCCGUGUAUUCUCCAGGGUGGAGAGUUUCAUUGAACACCAAGAUUCUUGCAAUGCCAGCCGUCUCCGAACCGAACUGCAGACGCUACAAGCGGCCUGUUUAUCCCGAACCGCGUCGAGUCCGAGCCCAUCAAGCGAUACCAACUUCAGCACAGCUCCUUGGCCUGGUUUAAGAUUGCCAAAGCCAGUGGCAGGCACAAUGAACAAUGAUCAACACCAUAAUUUAGAACUACAGCUCUUGCCAUCCUCAAAUAAACUCUCGAACACCAUAGAUGUAUCGGUUUCGCCUAAUUCGGAGGAAAAUCAUGCUACCCAACUUCAACUUUCAAUUGGUUCAUGUGAUCAUGGUGAGAAGAAUGAACCAAACAAUGGUGGUCGAAUAUUCUCUCCUAUGGACAAGAAUGAUGUGGAAGAACCAGCUGGUUUAAUGGCUUUGAGGCUAAAAGAGCAGGCAAGAGAGCAGCUGAGGCUUGCAAUGGCUGAGAAGGCAUUUGCUGAAGAGGCAAGACAUCAAGCUAAGAGACAGAUUGAGUUGGCUGAACAGGAAUUUACAAAUGCUAAGAGAAUUAGACAACAAGCUCAAGCUGAACUUGAUAAGGCCCAUAUUCUGAAAGAACAAGCAACGAAACAAAUCAACUCUAUUAUUCUACAGAUCACUUGUCAAGCAUGUAAGCAACAGUUUCAGGCCACUAACUUGGCAGCUCCUCAGGAUGAGAACUCUCUUGUUGUGAGUUACAUGUCUUCAGCCAUCACAGAAGGUGAAGGAGAGAAUGAUAAUAGGACCCAUCAAGCCAAAAUCUUCAAAACAUAGCACUUCUUUGUCUCUCCUUGUUUCUCUUUUUCUAUUCUCUCUUAGUAUACCAAAGUGAGUAUUGUAAUUAUCUAUUGGUGAUGUUGAUUUAGGGAGUGUUGUAAUCUUUUGAGGGUGUUGUGUUUGUUUUGUUAUUUUUUCAUUUAUUCCAAGGAAACAAAAGGAAGACCACUAUGAGUCUAUGAUGGGGUAGUCUUUUUUUCUUGUUUUGGUUAGAUAUUUUCAUGAAAACUUUGUAUUUUCCUCAGGGAAAAAGAAAAGCAAAAAAUGCAAGCAUCUUUUGUACCUUUGGAUUA